CCAAGAUCCUGCGAGUCUGUGCCAGGUUGUUAACAGUUCCAGUGCAUGCCCUGAUCUCUUGCUUGAUCUAGAGUCCAAUCUACCAAGUUACGCCCACCCACUAUGACGGUUGUUUCUCUUGCUACUGGGCCAGCAGUGGCUGCACCACCCACUCGUCCCCCAGUGAUCCCUCUGAUCAUCAAUGGAAAGGAGGAGUCAGCAGAGUCUACAUUCGACGUGAUCAGCCCAUAUACCAACGAGCCUUGCUGGAAAGCCGCCUCCGCCUCCCCGCAAGAUGCCAUUCGCGCUGUGGAGGCAGCAGAGGCAGCCUUCCCAGCGUGGUCGCAGACCAAACCCACCGUGCGGCGCGACAUUCUCCUGAAGGCAGCAGACAUCCUGGAGAAUCGUCUCAAGGAGAAUGCGGAAUACAUGCGGACAGAAAUGGGCGCGGAUGUGGGUGCGUCACAGUUCUUCAUUGUUCCGCUCGGGAUCGCCAUGCUCAGGGACAUCGCGGGGCGCAUCACUUCCAUUUGUGGCAGUGUACCCAUUGUCGAGGAAGAAGGUCAGAGUGCGAUGAUCUACAAGGAGCCCAUGGGAGUCAUCCUGGGAAUUGUGCCUUGGAACGCACCAUACGUCUUUGGCAUCCGUGCUGCCGCGUGUGCGCUCGCCGCCGGCAACACGACGGUCCUGAAGGCCUCCGAAAACAGCCCUUGCAGCUACUGGGCGCUGACCCGUGCGUUCGUGGACGCAGGCAUGCCGUCCGGUUGCUUCAACCUGAUCACUUGCCGGCAGCAAGAUGCCGCUCCGGUAGUCAAUGCCAUGGUCGAGCAUCCGGCCGUGCGCAAAAUCAACUUUACGGGAAGCACAGCCGUGGGUAGGAAAUUGGCUGCAGUUUGCGGGCAGAACCUCAAACCCUGCUUGAUGGAGUUGGGUGGGAAGAAUAGCUCCAUCGUAUGCGCGGAUGCCAACAUUGAAACGGCCGUCAAGGGGGUCCUGGCCGGUGCUUAUUUAAAUUCGGGUCAAAUCUGCAUGGCCACAGACCGCAUCCUCGUUCACUCCUCCAUCGCACCAGCUUUUAUUGAUGCGCUCAAGGCGGCGCUCAAUUCGAACCUGGAUCCCUCGUCGCCUCCUCCGACACUUGUGAGCAUGGCGUCCAAGAAGCGUGUUGAGCGAUUGGUGAAAGAGGCACUUGAAGGUGGUGCCCAGCUGCUUUCUGGUUCUAUGGAUGAGGGGGCACAGACUGGUGGUGGCGUGCGUAUGCCUCCGAUCCUUCUGGGUAAUGUGACGGAGAACAUGACAGUGUGGCAAGAAGAAGCCUUUGCUUCAGUGGCCGCCUGUAUGGUUGUGAACAGCGACGAGGAAGCGAUCCGACUAGCAAAUAACAGCGGAUAUGGCUUGUCUGCAGCGGUGUUCACUGAAGACCUGCGCAAAGGUCUAGCGAUGGCCAAGAAGAUCCAAUCUGGUGCCGUCCAUAUCAACAGCAUGACCAUUCAUGACGAAGCUGUCCUUCCCCAUGGUGGAGUGAAGAACAGUGGAUGGGGCCGAUUCAACUCAUCCCAGGGAUUGGAAGAAUUCCUUGUGACCAAGAGCGUAACUUGGAUGGACUGA